AUGUCUUCCGAGGUCCCUGCCGAGGUCAAGCACGACAACAACGUCGAGAACGGCUACAACCAGGGUGGCGCCAUCUCGCGCUUCAUCACCCCCGGCGGUAACCCCAUGGACACUAGCCAGCCCGCCUUCCCCGUCUACCACCGCAAGUUUGCCAACCCCGCCCCUCUUGGUCUUCUCGCUUUCGGCGGCACCACCUUCGUUCUCUCGUUCUACAACCUCCAGGUCCGUGACAUUACCCACCCCAACGUCGUUCUUGGUCUCGCCCUCGGCUACGGUGGUCUCGCUCAGAUCAUCGCCGGUAUCGAGGAGUGGGCCUGCGGUAACACCUUUGGUGCCACUGCCUUCACCUCGUACGGUUCCUUCUGGCUUUCGUUCGGCUGCAUCUACAUCCCCCAGUUUGAGAUCGUCGCCGCAUACGGCACCGACGCCGACCAGCUCAACAGCGCUCUCGCCAUUUACCUGACCAUGUGGGCCAUUGUCACCUUCAUCUUCCUCAUUGGCACCCUCCGCUCGUCGAUUGCUCUCUUCCUCGUCUUCUUCUUCCUCGAGAUCACCUUCUGGGUCCUUGCUGCCGGCCACUUCACUGGUCACGUCACGGUUACCAAGGCCGGUGGUGGCUUGGGUGUUGUCACCGCCCUUGUUGCCAUGUACACCGCUCUCGCCGGUCUUCUGACCCGUGAAUCGUCCUACUUCAUUAUCCCUGUGGGCGAUCUCUCCAAGUAA